AUCGGACACGGACGGAAAGGAUGCUGCCGGAAAUAAUAAUAAUAACAAUAAUCGGACAGAAAAUUCUUUUACCGGGACAGCUUCCCGCUUCCCCGGAACCGACUUGGAUAUCAAGGAAGGUACUGAAUGCCCUCAUUUUCUCACCUUUUCAAAAUCCCCCUAAGAACUUGGAAACAACUGCGAGAAUUCUCCGUUGGUCCUUGCCUGCGGAAACUGGGAGAAUGUUGAGGCCAAUCGCAAAUUGGACGAUGGUGAGAGCUAAAGCCGCAGUGCCGGUUUCUGCGAUGUCGUGCCAUACGUUCCACUGUCGGUUUCUUUCAUCAACUCUACCGUCGACCCGCUUCGUUUCUGGAAGUGCUGCUGAUGUUGCCGAUGUUUCUGAAGAGGACGAGGUUCUGGUUUACUCCAACCCACCAGCAUCUUCUACCGUAAAGCCGGUUUUGCCCGAUAUUCUUCAGCCGGGUGUCGUCGUGUAUGAUGGGGUCUGCCAUCUUUGCCACCGAGCCUUUUCAUUUCACAGGGUGAAGUGGUUCAUCGGAGUGGAUAAAUACAGGCACAUCAAGUUUUGUUGCCUUCAGUCAAAAGUAGCUGAGCCAUAUCUGAAAGUUAGCGGUCUUGAUAGGGAGGAUGUUCUGCGCCGUUUUCUGUUAGUUGAAGGCCCUGGUCUCUAUCACCAAGGAUCAACUGCUACAUUGCGAGCGCUGUCAUACUUGCCAUUCCCCUACUCUUCUUUAAGCACGUUCUUGACAAUCCCAACUCCACUUAGGGAUGCUGUCUAUGAUUACGUGGCUAAGCGACGUUAUGGUUGGUUUGGCAAGGCUGAAGAUUGCUUGGUUUUGCAAGAGAAAGAGCUCCUGGAACGUUUCAUUGAUAGGGAAGAGAUGUGAUGGAUGGUUCAGGUUUCUAGUGUAGCAUGAAAUACAAUCACGCACUUUUCCAUGCCUCAGAUAUCUGAUUACCUUGUUUCUUAAUAGGAUUUUGAAUAUUGUAAAGGCUAACCAACCAAUGGGUAUACACCUUCCAUUACACCGUACAAAACACCAAUAAACAUACCAACCGUGA